UUUAGAAAAAGAAAGAAAUAGGUUGGAAAUAGCAGUGUUUGAAGACAGACUUUUAAAAUUUUAUGUAGUUUGACUAUGUGAUUUUGUAACUAUAUGGAUUAGUUACAAAUCCAUUAAAUAUACAGAAAGAUUCUCUGAAAAAUAAAAUUGACUAGAAUAAAUAUAAUUAAACGUGUAUUUAGUUGGUGAGAUAAUCACACAAAGCGGUCUUAUUCAAAGAAAUCUUAAAUAUUGUAAUUGUAUUAUACAUCCAAGUGGGAUUUAAUCUGAGGGCACAGAAUAGCUAAAAAUACUUUAAACUGUCCCUAGGUAGGAAUGAUCUUGUGGGUGCUAGUGCUGUCAUUGUUAUUCUAAUUCCGUUGUCUGUGUAAUGCGAGGGGAAGAAGCAAAUGAAGAUUGAUGUGAUUUACACUUUUGUCUAAUUCUACUGAUAACUAGGUUCUCAUUAUGAAAGGAAAUACAAAUGUAUGAAAAAUAAAAAGGGUUUUGUAAAAGUCCAGUAAUCCUAAAUUGGAAUGAUGCAUUUUAGGAUGCACUCAUGAAUAUUAUAGCUUUUAAAAAAAUACAUAUUUGCUGGCUCGAUCCACUAAAAAUACCUAGAAAGGGCAAUCAAUCUCACAGCAAUGAUCAGAAAUAGUACCCAGAUUUUUACCUUAACAUUUCCUUACCAAUGUAAAGCAUACUCUUUGAGUCUGGGAAAACAUGCCAUUUAUGACGGGAAGGAAGCUAUCAAAGAGCAAAGGUGUAAUGUUCGAAAGAGUGAGAAGCCAACCAAAGAGCUGGCUAAAGCGCUCUCAAGAAGCAGUGAUGUCACUUACUAACGUGACCUAAAUACAAAUUUGUAAAUCCAUGUGUUCAUAAAGAUGAACAAAAAGACACCAGAGAACCAACUCUGAGUACUGAAAAAGAAAUGAAGUAGACAUCGUCUGGGCUUUUCUGCAUAAACUGUAACAAUGAAUAAGCCACUGGUAAGUGGCAGACUAAGAAAAGAGCCAUUUGAUAAGACAAUAAAGUAGUGGCUCUAGACACUUAUCGACAAUCAAUAAUGCAAAAAAAUCAAUACGAUAAAUAAAGGCAAAGGCCAAGAUGAGCAAUAAGAUGGACAAUACUGGCACAGCAAUUAAAUAUGGCUGUUGAUAAUAAUUAAAUUAGUUAACUUAAGUAAUAGCAUCUUUUAAAAACUGUGAGCACAAUGCAUGCAUUAUAAUACUUAUUAUUUAACUUAAAUUAGGAAAUAACCUUGCUUUUGAAGUCCCAACAAUAACAAAGACUCAGGAUAAACAACAGAAGGUAUACAUGUAGAACAUUUUUAUGUACCAAGAAGACGACUAAAUAUAAAGUACAUUAAGGGUUCUACUUUUGUGAUUUCACACUUAUUUUGAUUGCUCAUGAAAUAGUAAAUAAUUGCGACUAAUGGAAGUGACUGUUUGGAGAAGUCAACAUUCAGGUCCUCUCUGGGACACAAAGAUGUGUAACCAUUCUCAAGGGAGAUUCACUAUAGAGGAGAGAUAGGUGGCUGCCCAGAGUGGCUUCCAGAAAUCCCUCCUGGUCUAUGAUAUGGCAGAGAUGUGGCCUGGACUUUGCUUUGUUCCCAGGAGAUCAGUGCCUGACUCUCUUCUUAGGUCAAAACACCUAGACUCAAAAAUGUGGUCUAUUAGUGCAACCAGAGUGACGCAAGAUCUAAGAAUCUACGCUGAUAAUAUCCAGUGUUGCCAUAUCCCUGGCAGUUCUUUCUUUAAAUAUUGUUUCUUAAACUUCUAGACCAACAUGAUUGAAGUGGAUGAUAGUAUAUUUCCACAACUUUAUAAAGUUUCCGAUAUUCUACUUUCAUUUCCUGAACUAUUUCCUAAGAAUCAUCAUAAAACAGAGAAAAAUUUAACCACAUUUGCUUAGUGUGACUUUUGCAGGUGUCUGGCAGAGAAGCAAUGCUUUUGCAUUCUAUUAUUCACAGCAGAAAUACGGCUGUCUGAAAUAUGGAGAAGGUAGCUGUCAUGAUUUCAGCAAGCCAAAUACACAGGAUGUAUAUCCAGCAGAGCUGGAAAUUAAUUGAACAGGUUAGGAUGGUGAGGAGAGGUUUUUCUAUACAUUUCUGGAAUACACCAUAGGAUCAGUUGUCUCAUGCAACACAUAAAUGUGAGGCAGAACUACAAGGAAGUUAAACAUUUUUUAUGAAAGUUUAUUAGCUAAGAGAGAAGGAUGUUUGAAUGGAAAAUGCACUAAGCUACAAACUGGGUGAGAGAACUGCUAAGAUCUGAGGCAAGUAGUUACUUUUCAAUUUGUGUAUCGGUGCAAAGUGAAAAAUAGGGAAGUACUGCCAAUUCAUUUAAGCACAAAAAUAAAAAUGUUUCUAUAUAUACAUUCCUAGCAAUCAUGCGAGAUGUCAAAUAUCAAUGAUUUCAAUGGAAUUAUAAGACAAAUCAGUAAGUGAAUAUCUUCUCUAUUAAUUAAAUAAAAUAAUUAGGAGAUUUAUUCUAUUUGUUGUAAAUACAUAUACAAUAUGUGUAGAAUGUUCUCAUAUUAUCUUUAUAAUUACAUUAAUGAAUAUUAAUGUAAAUUAAAUUAAUUAAUAAUUAAACAUUUAAAGUUUAUUUUAUUUGCUAAGAAAAUCAUUAAUUGAUUUAUUUCAUAAAAGUAAUCAGUUGUUACUUUAUUCUUCUAAGUUUCAUUUUUAUUUUUGAUAGAAGUGAGAUCAUCCAUUUCUGUUUUUAGGUGAUAAUAUCUGCUAAUGUGCACAUCAUAGAAAAAAGAAAAAUGCAUAUUUAUAUGAUUAUUUCAACAAAAAUUCAAUGAUUUGCAUAAACAAAACAAAGCAAAAAGCAUUGAUUUCAUUUAUCAAUUCUCAAUAAUGUGACUUAUUGUAUGAGGUCUUCUUAACUUCUGCUACAUUUAAAAUAAGAAAACUAGAACAUAAAGCAGGAGUCACGAAUAUGUACUAUGACAAUGCAAAGUUGAUAGAAGUAACACCUUCAAAAUUAUAGAGAAUACUUGGGAACCGUAUCAAUGAUGAUAUUGAUCUUGAUGAAUGAUAUCAUUCCUCCCCUCCCUUUAAUAUACUCUCCACCUAAAUAUCUUUAAAAGAAGAAAAGAAAGAGAAAAAGAGAGAAAUGAACCACACGGUGAUCACAGAGUUUGUCCUCUUAGGCCUUUCGGAUGAUCCCAACCUUCAGGUUGUGAUUCUCCUCUUUUUAUUUGUCACAUAUGUAUCAAGUGUCACUGGAAACCUGACCAUCAUCACCCUGACCCUGGUGGACCCCCAUCUACAGACGCCAAUGUAUUUCUUCCUCCGGAACUUCUCUUUCUUAGAAAUCUCCUUUACUACUGUAUGCAUCCCCAGAUUUCUGGGCACGAUUAUCACCAGGGAUAAGACUAUUUCUUAUCACAACUGUGCAGCUCAACUCUUUAUUUUCAUGGGUGUGACUGAGUUUUACAUUCUAACCACCAUGUCCUAUGACCACUAUGUUGCCAUCUGCAAGCCUCUUCAUUACACGACCAUCAUGAACAGGAAACUCUGCAUCCUGCUUGUGCUCUGUGCGUGGCUGGGCGGGUUUCUGACCAUUUUCCCUCCCCUUAUGCUUCUCCUCCAGCUGGAUUACUGUGCUUCCAAUGUCAUUGACCACUUUGCAUGUGACUAUUUCCCCCUUUUGCAAUUGUCUUGCUCAGAUACAUGGCUCCUAGAAGCAACCGGUUUUUACUUUGCUUUGGUUACCUUGCUGUUCACCUUGGCCCUAGUGAUUUUAUCUUAUAUGUACAUUAUCAGGACUAUUUUGAGAAUCCCAUCUGCCAAUCAGAGAAAAAAGGCUUUCUCCACCUGUUCCUCUCACAUGAUUGUCAUUUCCAUCUCUUAUGGAAGCUGUAUAUUCAUGUAUGCUAAUCCCUCGGCCAAAGAAAAGGCAUCACUGACAAAAGGAGUAGCUAUUCUCAACACCUCUGUUGCCCCCAUGCUGAACCCCUUCAUCUACACCCUGAGAAACCAGCAAGUAAAACAAGCCUUCAAAGACAUGCUCCAUAAAGCAGUAUUUUCUGCAAAGAAAUGAAUAUUGUGGUUAAAAAAAAAAGACACUCUAAAGAGCAUUUAUUAAAUCUUGAAAUUCCUCACUCUCUGAAUAACUACACUUACUCUUUUUAUUCUCUUCACACUCCGCAUUACAGUUAAUAUAGCUUUCCGAUCAAUUUGUUCCACCUGCAUGCCUAAGCGUCUCCCCUGCAUUGUUUACCGACAUUUGGAAAUAUAGUAAAAGUAAUUUCUCCUUCAGAAUCUUCUGGAAAUUAAAUAUAUUUCUUUAAGAGAUACUUUAUAACACGAAGUAAAAAAUAGCUUUAAUUCUGUUAAUAUCAAUUCCUGAAAGGUAUGUAUCCUGUCACAUUGUACUUCAAAUGUAGUGGUUCAAAAUUAGUGUGUAAUUUCUUGGUAUUUUCAGAUGAACAUUGAUAUUUUCCUAAGGUUUAAAGAAUCUACAUGUUCUGUAUUAUUGUACAUUAAAUUCAGUCCAAAAAUAUAAUAUGUACUAGUGCAUUGCACUUUAAAGAUAAGAGUUUUAUACCUUGUGAAAUUGAGUGCAUACUUUCAAGAUAAAUAUUGAUCAGAUACUAUAUAUUAUUUAUAGGGUAUUCAUGCUAUCUAUAAUUUGGGGAUAAUAUUUUUUAAAAAAAUUCAAAAUAAAGGCAGUGAAACUAAAACACUGCCACUUUCCUGAACCCAGUGAGCAUCUUUAUGAAACAUACUUUGAAUUCUUUUUCAGGUGUUUAUAUACCUCCAUUUUAUUGGGGUCUGUUUUGGGAGAUUUAUUUUGUUUCUUCGACUGUGCCUUUUUUCUAUUUCUUCACAUCCCUUAUAAUUUUCCGUUGUUGUGGAUCUACACAUUUGACAAUAAUCACCCCUCCCAGUCUUUUUAAGCUGGCUUUGUUCAGGUGAAACCAUCAAUAUUCAGCCCACUCAGAGAUUCUGGGGGCCAGUGAAAUCUUUUUUGAGAAAGUAUCUUUCCAGAUUUGUGUUUGGAGAUUCCUAACUACAAAAUCUUUGUCCACUUGUAUAUGGAGCUCAUAAUCUCUGGCUCCCUCAUUUCUGUGUGCUGUAACAGCCCUUAGGCAUCUAGAGUUUGUCAGGUCCCAGAGGGGCUCCCAGAGAAGCUACACAGACCCCAGUCCUCCAGAAGACCCUGAAAGGCUCAGGUGUGGGACACAUGCUCCCCACCACACACAAUUUUUCUUCCCUGGGAAAGAGUCACUGAGUUGUGCUGACCUCAGUCUGCUGUAAAUGGGUCCUCUGGAGCAUAACAUUUUCCAAAGAAUCCCCUUACAGGGUCAUAAAUUUUACUUUCUUUAAAUUCCAUCCUUCUAAAUUAGUUGAAUCUCACUUCAUGGCUUAAAAUAUGAUCAGAGGUUUCUAAACAUUUCUUGUACACUUGAAAAUUAUACGUAAAAGUGGUUGAGUGCAGUGUCCUACUUGAGUCAGUCAGUCUACUCAAGUUCAGUAAUCACAUGAUUUAAAUCUGUACUUUUACUGUUGGUACCAUUACUGAAUUAUUUAAAUCUCCCCAAACAACUAAGGAGCUGUUUCCUUCUGUUUGUAGUUUUGUCAAGUUUUUAUAAGUGAAAAUAUUAACACUAUGCUUUUAUGCAGACACAAAUUUGCAAUUGUUACAUCUUUUUAAACAUAGCUUUUUCUCGUUAUGAAAAUACAUCAAUUCUUCUCUAUCAAGUAUAAUUUUUUCUGUAAUACGGGCAUUGACGCAUACUGACAUAGCUACACCAGUAUUUUAAAAAUAUAUAUUGUUUACAUGGCAUACAUUUUAUCUAUCAAUCAUUUACUUUUGAGUGGAUACUAGCAUAUUGUACAGAUUCAAACUGUGGCCUGGGAACUUCCCCAUGCCAUGGGCACGGACAUUUAAAAAAAAAAAAAAAGUAGACAUUCAGAUUGGCUAUUUAUUCUUGUGUGAGAAAGACUAAUUGUGCCUUUCAAGAAAUUAGUCUCAGAAUUCCUGUCAUGGCUCAGCAGUUAACAAACCUGACUAGUAUCCACAAGGAUGAGGGUUU